UCGUUGCCAUCGAUGGGCCCCGUGUUCGAUUCACGGCUGAUGCAUUCUUUUUCCCCUUUUUUUUCCACUAUCAUUUCACAUAACCCUUUAUUCCCCCUUUUCCUCUUUUCCGUUCUCCUCUCAGGGCUUUCUUUCCUUAUCGGUUUCGCCUUCAUUAUUUUUUUAUUUUUAUUUUUUUCAUUUUCUAUAUAUGUUAUAAUGUAAUCAUUCUAUACAACGAGGCUGGAGUGUCGUUUUAAGUUCCAGGGGAAGGUUUAGGUUAACGACCGCAGUUAGAAAGGAAGUAUUAAUAGUACUUGAAAUGAACACAUAUCAAGUUGACCUGACCCUUUCUGAUCACUAAUAUUCUACUCGUAUUACUUGAUCCGUGUCUGCAUACGGCAAGGAGGUCUUCCGGAAAGAGCGCGAUGACGCCUUUUGAAAUCCAUAUUCAGUGCCUCCCAGCGGUGCUCAUCCACCAUGCAGAGGCUCUUGUCUACGCAAUCGAGAACCUCGUCUUCUCCCAAUCCCCAUGGUCACCUUCAUCCAUCAAACAAGUCCACCAUACUCUGUACUCCGGCCGAGGUCAGCUUCCGACAUCACCCAACAUCAAGAUUCCGUACAGCGUUGUCCCAGGCGAAUAUCGCACGCACGCGAUCAUUCACAACAUCCUAGAUGUGGCAAGCGGCAAGCAAAAGACGGUGCGACUCCUCAGCCCGGCAGCCAUUGCCCCGUAUAUGGAACGAUGGAUAAUCGGAGUGAACAGGGACAUGGUGCGACUCCAACCAUACACAGGCGCCCGGGUCGCGGGCGACCCGAUGCUCAUCCCUUUCGACCCCUACGAGUGCGCUGCAACGCACUUCUUCCACUUCGUCAGCAUCAACCCCUUCGGCGACGUGAAGAAAGUCGGGCGCAUCUCGCGCAUUAUCCUGAACUGCCUGGUGCUCUUGUUCGCGGGGCAUCUCAUGCCCAUUGGGGACAGAAAGGGUGACGAGGAGCACUUCCUGCAGCUAGUGGACAAGGCUUCGUGGUGUUUCUAUAAAUCUGGGAAGUUUGACCGGGGAAGGGCUGAGGAGAAUGAGGAGAACGAGGAGAAGAGAAUGGUGUGUCGAGAAUUGGCUCUGUUUAUGCUCGCCAAGGCACCGCGCUUGCGGGAUCCGGAGAGGUUCAAACAAGGUAUAGGUUCGAGGGGGUCUAUACAUUGAUUGAUAAGGAGUAAUUAGGUGGAAGAGAAGGCGCGGGGAGGACUAUCCCUCGCACGUUCCCGCGCCUGUCUCUUGAUUUUGUUUUAGACGAUACCUAUAUUCUUAGCAGCGAAGAAGCACUACCUAAGUAGUGCAGAGGAUACCCCGAAGGAGUGGAGGUAGUUGAAUAGUCAGGUCUAUUAGAAGGCAAGAGGCCCCCUUCAAUAUUGGGAAGGGCAGGAGUUAAUAAUAUUGAGUCUUUCUCUUUA